UUAACCAGAGAGCAACUGUGGAGGUGGCGGUCUGGAGGAACACAGGGCAACGAACACCUUUACAUUACAGUCUAUAUUUCAAACUGCGAGUGUAAGGUGUGUGUGUGCUACGGAGGAAAAUCGGUAGAGAGAAGCGUCUCUCUCUCUGUGAAUCUGUGUUUUGCGGUGUCUUUUCCCCAGACUUAUUUUUUUUCUUUUCUUUUCGUGUGAGCAAAGUGAGACAUUCUUUGUUUCGUUUUUUUUUUUUUUUUCAAGGCCUAUUUUCGUGCAUCGUUAUUCCCGGUAGAUCUAAGUGAUGACAGCAAUGAUGGAACUUCUACGCCCAUUCCUCCUCUUUCUGAUCGUACUUGCCUUCACGGGUGUGGGUGGGCGUGCCUCUGCGACCGAAGACGAUCCUGCCAUGAUCUGAUUUUACUGGAUGGAUUUCGCUGGGAUUACCUCAAUAUUCACAAGAGCGACGCUGGCUUUCCCGGAUUCGACAAUUUCGUGAAAGACGGCGUUCGUGCAGAGUAUCUGCAUCCGGUUUUCCCUACAGACUCUUACCCGAACUGGAGGACGAUUGUCACAGGCCUUUACCCCGAAAGCCACGGCAUCGUCGGGAACUACAUCUACGACGACCUGAGAAACGCAACUUUCGCCCUUAACGACCUGGAGUCAACCAAGGACCCGGUGUGGUGGCGAGACGCGGAGCCGCUUUGGAUCACGGCGACGAAGGCCAAGAGGGACACCGCCCUCUUCCUGUGGUCGAGCUGCGAUGUUCCUUGGGAAGGGAACGUGCUGCCGAAGUACUGCACUCCGUAUGAACACGUUGCAGAUGCCAUUCAAGUUUUGCAGAAGAACCUCAACCAGGGCGUCGACAUGAUUAACAAUGAAGGAUACAAGCUUGUUAUGGUGUACGUGGAGCUGAUCGACAUGGUCGGGCAUCGCUACGGCCCUGAGUCCAGCGAGGUCGAGGAAGCACUCAGAGCUGUCGACUCCGCCCUGGAGGAACUGUGGGAGAUCAUGGCUGAGAAUAGCAUACUUAAUACGACGAACGUGGUGGUAGUGAGCGACCACGGAAUGACGAAGGCUUCCAAAGAUGUCGUGACCUGGCUGGACGUCGAGCCAUGCCUGGAGGGUUCGAAAAUCGUGAAGACCACGGGCAGUGUGGGUUAUAUCAAUAUUCUUCCCGUGAAAGGCCACACGGACCAGGUGGAGAAGGCGCUGAAAAACUGCCCGGGCGUGUCUGAGAACAUCGAAGUGGUGAGGAAGGAGAACAUGGACGAACGUUACUACUACAAGAACCACAGACUCAUCCACGACCUCAUUGUUAUGCCUAAGCUAGGUUACGCCCUCAAGAGCCCCGAGACCAACUAUUCCCUGCCAGAGCAAGAAUCCGAGAGCAUCGGUCACCACGGAUUCGACAACACCGAAGACCUUAUGCCAGACAUGAGGGGCAUCCUGUUCGCAGCCGGGCCCUCCUUCACCUCGGGGCACCAAUCAACGCCGGUGAGCCAGGUGGACGUGUACCCCCUGCUGUGCCACGCUCUCCAGCUACAGUGCCAUCCUAACAACGGCUCCUUGGACCGCGUAGCUGACUUCUUCGCCCUCAGGACCCUCACCUCCAGCGCCUCCUCCUUUAUGCCUCGUGUCCUUAUGGUGUUCCUCGUAGGCCUAAGUCUUGUGAUGUGGGUCGGCGGCGGAGUACAGGUGUGAGGGCAUAGGUUUAAGAGAGGGCAUAGGUUUAAAAGAGAGGGAUUGCUGAUAUGGGUAUGAAGACUGGGAAUUAGGGAGAAGGGUGAUGAAGAGGAAGAAAAAGAUCCCAGGGUGCGUGAAGAUGAAGGGAGCCGAGACGGAGAUCCAACCAGGGUGGGUUUUUAAAGGUCCUCAAAGGUGGGCCGAAGCAGAGAGAGUUGAAGGGCAGCUGUGUCAGAGGAUCUAAUAAUGUCAACGUGUCCGAGUUAAAGGAAAUAGAUUAUUUGAUAUUUUUCCUUUUUUUUUUUUUUUUUCUUUUUCGUUUUUUCAAUUCAAUUCGAUAGGAUUCUUGGAUUCUUUGAUGCACCUACAUUAAUGUGGUAGUAGUGAGAGCAGUAGUGAUAGUGUUGUUAAAUAAUAUCAAUUCUCGUAAGUGAUCAUAAAAUAAUAGUGAUUGUUUGAUAUACUUGGUUACAAUGCACUUAGGCGUUACAGCUUCAAAGAGGAUGCAGACUCGGUGUAUAUUUGUGUGUUUUAUAUAUCAUUAUUAUUGUUUGCUUUAUUUUUAUUAUUAUUUUUUUUUUUUUUUUUUUUGUUUUUGACAAAUUUUGUGUAUACAUGAUUACUUUUCGGAGGGAAAAAAGUUGCACCAGAAAUGUAUUAAAUAUGAGCAUUCCCAUUUUCUCUUAAUGGUCAAAAAAAAAAAGAAGAAAAAAAAAAACGAUCAGUGAAGCAACAAUUGAAACCAUAUAAAAGACAACAAUUCAUUUAGUGUGCAAUAUAUUCCACACUGUCGAAAUAUUCCGUCCAGGAAAGUUUUUCAGCUCUCUGCACUGACUGCAUGCAUUUUUCUGUUAAAUAUUUGCAAACGUUGUUGUUAUUUCCCAGAUUUGUUAAUUUAGUGAUAGUGCUUCCUAGUUCUAUGGUCAUGUGUCGAUUUGUAAAUGCCACUGUCUCUGUAUAUGGUUUUAAGCAAAACGAAUUUCUUGUAUAUUGCAAAGCCAAUAUAGAUGUCUAUGUAAUAACCAUUUAUGAAAAAAAGGUCAGAAAUGGACUUUCCACUUGGGUAUAUGUGGCAAUUCGUGAUUUAUUAAUUAUGAUCAUGACACGAUAUUUUCUCUGAUUACUAUUGAACUUGUACACUGUGUAGUGGUUCGAAAUUGUCUAUUGGGUGAUAUAUUGUGUAUCCAAAAUACAGCUUGAUAUGGACACGU